GUGUUCUUGAACGCAGCCCGAGCAGGAAGCAGUCCACAGCUGCCGCCGGAUGAUCUGUGAGGAGGCAGGAACAACAAAGAGGAGAAAGUACCCGGGUUUUAACCAGCUCCGCUACACAAAUACAGCAAAUUAUCCACUCUUCCUGGCAGGGUGAAACAGUCUGGUUUGCAUGUGAGGACAAGCGUCGGCCGAGCCAACCAUGGCGAACAAUGCAGAGGAUAUUGAAAACAACAUGGACCAACAGCAGACCAAUACAGCCCCAGAACCCCCUCAGGAGGCCAGUGUGGCCAGAGCGAGGUCGAGGGGAGGUUCAGGAGCUGGAGGAGGAGGAGGAGGAGGAGACGCUGGAGGCAACAGUAGCGGCCCGGAGCAGAACGGGCAGCCUCCCGCCGCUCGUCCUCCGCUGGUGGUGGAAACCGAGGAGGACGAGGAUGAAGAACAGACCUUGAAAUACGGCGCCAAGCACGUCAUCAUGCUGUUCGUCCCCGUGACGCUCUGCAUGGUGGUCGUCGUGGCGACCAUAAAGUCCGUCAGCUUCUACACGCAGAAGGACGGCCAGAGGCUGAUCUACACCCCGUUUCCCGAAGACACAGACACGGUAGCAGAGAGAGCGUUAAACUCCAUCCUGAACGCCACCAUCAUGAUCACUGUGAUCAUCGUCAUGACUCUGGUGCUGGUGCUGUUAUACAAGUACCGCUGCUACAAGGUGAUCCAAGGCUGGCUCUUCCUCUCCUCCCUCCUCCUGCUCUUCUUCUUUUCCUACAUCUACCUCAAAGAGGUUUUCAAGACCUACAACGUGGCCAUGGACUACUUCACCCUGGCCAUAAUAAUUUGGAACUUCGGCGUCGUGGGCAUGAUGUGCAUCCACUGGAAGGGACCUCUGCGGCUCCAGCAGGCCUACCUCAUCAUGAUCAGCGCCCUCAUGGCCCUGGUUUUCAUCAAGUACCUGCCAGAGUGGACCGCCUGGCUCAUAUUAGCCGUCAUCUCCGUCUACGAUCUGCUGGCGGUUCUUUGUCCCAAAGGGCCUCUGAGGAUCCUGGUGGAGACGGCUCAGGAGAGGAAUGAACCCAUCUUCCCAGCUCUCAUCUACUCUUCUACGAUGGUUUGGCUCGUCAACAUGGCCGACACCGACGGGCCGAAGAGGAACUCCACAGAAGCAGCUUCGCCCCAACAAGAGACUCAACAAGCGCCCAUAGCGUCUCCGACCCCCUCGAGUCCGUCUCAGGACGACGGAGGAUUCACCUCCAACUGGAUCAGCAACCAGGAGCACCAGCUGGGACCGAUACAGUCUACCGAGGAGACCCGGCGGGAGAUCCAGCAGAUGCCCUCGGCCCGUCCUCCGCCUGAAGACGACGACGAGGAGCGGGGCGUCAAGCUGGGCCUUGGAGACUUCAUCUUCUACAGCAUGCUGGUGGGAAAGGCGUCAGCCACGGCCAGCGGCGACUGGAACACCACGCUGGCCUGCUUCGUAGCCAUCCUCAUUGGCCUGUGUCUGACCCUGCUGCUGCUCGCCAUCUUCAAGAAAGCCCUUCCCGCUCUGCCCAUCUCCAUCUUUUUUGGCCUGGUCUUCUACUUCGCCACAGACAACUUGGUACGGCCCUUCAUGGACAAGCUGGCGCUACACCAGUUCUACAUUUAGCAGGACGCUGCCCCGAUAACCCUCACCCACAUAGCUCUCCGGCCAACAACACGAGAGCGGUCCCGUCGCAGCCGGAGGAACAAAAGGUCGAUGCAGGGGCCCCUCCCGUCCCCACAUCCCCUCCUAAGACCUCCUGAUGCCGGGACACACCAUGUUAUUUUUCUUCUUUUUGUUGUUGUUGUUGCUCUGCCUUUCUUUCUGGCGCCAAGGGAGGGUUUUUUUCCCCCCCGACAACGGUUAAAUAAACGUUUUAAUUCAGUUUUAAAACCAAGAAGUGACGUUUCUCGCUCGACUCGGGAACAUUUGUACCUUUUAUUUAUCCAGGGAAGCUUCAGCGCCCCUGCUUCACAUCCACAAACUCUAUCCUGGGGCUUUGCAGCAGGUGCCUUGCUCAGGGACACCUCGGCGGUAGCUGUUGAGCAAAGGGAGGUAAUUUUUCAUGAAAUCUCCCUUUCGAAGACUUUAAACAUCUUUAAUCACACGCGAGCUACAAGCGCCCCUCCCCAAGAUUACAAAAGCCUUCAUACAUGAGACUAACGGACACUCGACGACGAUGAUAAUAGAUAGAAAUGUGUAGUUUGAUUGUGUUUGAGAUGUCGGUCACCGGAGCGUGCUUUCCUCACUGCUGUUAGGAGUGUUGUUUCUUCACUUUAGACACUAAAUUCAAAGCUCUGACGGACGAUUUGCACCCACAAAGACAGACGCUUUGAUCACGUUGGGAGGAUUUUGCUCUCCAGGACUGAAUUGUGAGUGUUGUUGUGACACCGAAUCAUCACCCUUGAAGUUUUAAAUCGCGUUCGAAUCACGGCUCUGAGAGGGAGGGAGGAGCUCAAACACCCACCUGCUGGAGCAGUCGGAGGUUCAGUGCCUUGCUCAAGGGCAUUUCAGUAGUUGUUGUUGUUGUUGUCAUUACUGUGGGACAGAAACGUGCUUUUCAUUCUACCCCCCCACCCCCCAGACCGUCAUUUUUUUGAUUUCUUUCUCUCUCGACCUGUCCAGGGAUUGUAACCUGUGAUCGUCCGGUCACAAACUCUGAACCUUUAGGCUACAGCUGCCCUCAUGACGCUCGCCUGGUGCUGUUUGGAUCUAUGCUACAUCAAACACAAACACUGUUGUGUUUUUGGGGUUUAUUUUUCCACGAUACGCAGAAGAGCAACUUUGUAUUUUUUGAGAUACGGGGGUUAAAUGUUAACUGCGUUCCUGCUAAAAAUCAGAAAACUGAAACGCUUCAUUCAGUCCUGAUCAAUGAGGGAAUAGAUGCAGAUGAAUUUGAUACUUGAAUUUGCGAACAUUUUUUUAAAAAUCUCCAUUCACGAAGCGUAAAAAGCUUAACCGACCUUCAAAAGAAACCAAAACAUUUGAAAUCAAGGUGAGAGACUGUAGAGGACCAUCUGCUCUUCUGUUGUUGCACUCGAGCUUCACGCUUGCAGAUAAAAGAAUCUAAGAGGGAACAAAAUGAUGAUAUUUGUUCUGAGACUCUUUUUAGUUUUUUUCUUCUUCCCUUUUUGUUUUUAGGGAAUAUGUUGGGUGACUGGCUUUUAUCUGUCCUUCACAUGCAUAUGUGUGUUAUGCAAGGUUAUUCUGAUUCAGAUUUUGUUCUUUUUUUAAUAAACAAUGAAACUGAAAA